AUGGUUGGCCAGAAAAAGGACCAAGCGGGAGCCCAGAGCAUCCUCGCGCUCUUUUCUGUCUCCCCUAGCAACCGCGGGCGUCUCGAGGCAACGGCUUGCGAGAGGACCAGGAAGCCGGCUCGGGAUUCCCGCGGGUUCUCGCGAGACGGGGCCUCUCCGCCUCGCCUGCAGUUGUUACCAUGGAAACCGGAGACGCGGGUUUCGCGGGUUGGACGUGGUCUUGGGAAUGUUAAACCCGCCAUGUGCAAAUCCAGCAAGAGUUCACACGUGCUUCCCAUCACCACUACGGUGGGGAUUGCACGGGUCCUUCCCAGCGGGAAGGUCUACAGGCAGAUCUUCGAUGACGAGAUCAACCUGGUGCACGCCCUGGGGAGAGCUAGGAGCAAGAUCAGCCGGCACAAAGUCCUUCCGGGAAAGAUUCCGCUAGUGAGGGAUUUGGAAAGAAGGACCAGCUAUGGAUUCUUGUCCGAACGCCAACAGACGUGGAUCGAGGCAAUGCCCAAUGAUCAGCUCACUGAAAAUCCAGUGCAGUACAAGGAGGCUGUGACUCUGGCACACGUAAAGGCUAAAGAAAGCGAGAAUGUAAUUGCCGCGCGGGAAGUCAGAGGGCUUGCCGAUGUCAUCAUUUCAGAGAAAAGAUCCAGCAGUAUCGUGGAGCGGAUCUACGAGAACAAAAAAUUAUGUUACGAAGAAACCGUGGCACAAUUCCGGCAGGAACUAGCACGCGUCGGAAAGAAAAUAGAAGAAUGUUAUGUGAAGCCUGGAAAAUUAUUGUUGACCCAGUUACAAGAAUCAGCUGAGGCUUUUGAAUCCUUUUUUCGUGCCUCUGAAAGCGACGUCACUUUAAUCUCCUACACCAUACAGGACUUUGAGAAAAUGUGGGGUCUUCUCUUUCAAGAGACCCAGCGAAGAAGGCAGUGGAUUCAAGAACUGGAUGAAGCUUUACACCGGGCCGAGGUGAACCGAGCAGAACAGAUCACAGUCAUCCUGAGCAAGUACACCAAGAUGCUAGAGGAUCUUGCCUAUCUCUUAUCCUCGGAUGUCCACAGAUUCGUACACCAGGAAGCCAUGAUGAUCAACCAAGCUCUCCUGGCCAAUCGGAGGGCGAUCUCCAAGUUGUUCCUUAACCUGAUGGAGGCUGAGCUCAAGAAGGAUUCCUUUUAUCGCUGUCAGCUGGAAGAGAGGAAGGAGAUCUGGAAAGUCGUGCAGAAGGAGCACCUCGUUUCCAGCUUCCA